GUUGGUGUGCGAGACGCCGGCACCAAGUGGCAGCGACUCGGACAUCUGAGCUGCCACCGCCGAGACGGGCCCGCCAGGCAGAGACAACCAAUAUGCAUUUCCAAGGCUUUUGGCUAUGUUUGGGUCUUCUAUUCACCUCAAUUAAUGCAGAAUCUGUGGAUGAUGGUGUUGAGUUGGAAGACUUUGAUGAAAAGUCAGAAGAGAUUGAUGGGAAUGAAGGUGAAUACUCCUCCGAGAUUACAUAUAAGACACCGCAACCUUUAGGAGAGGUCUACUUUGCUGAAACGUUUGAUAGUGGGAAGCUGGCUGGGUGGGUCUUAUCGAAAGCAAAGAAAGAUGGCAUAGAAGACGAGGAGAUGUCCAUCUAUGAUGGAAGAUGGGAAAUAGAAGAACUGAAAGAGAACCGAGUGCCUGGUGACAGAGGACUGGUGCUGAAGUCACGAGCCAAGCACCAUGCAAUAUCUGCUAUAUUAGCAAAACCCUUUAUUUUUGCCGAUGAACCUUUGAUAGUUCAAUAUGAAGUGAAUUUUCAAGACGGUAUUGACUGUGGCGGUGCAUACAUUAAACUCCUAGCAGACACUGACGAUUUGAAUCUGGAAAACUUUUAUGAUAAAACAUCUUACACCAUUAUGUUUGGACCAGAUAAGUGUGGCGAAGAUUAUAAACUUCAUUUUAUCUUCAGACAUAAACAUCCCCAGACUGGAGUUUUUGAAGAGAAGCAUGCCAGGCCUCCAGAGACGGACCUUAAAAAGUUCUUCACAGACAAGAAGACUCACCUCUAUACCCUUGUGAUGAAUCCAGAUGACACGUUUGAGAUAUUAAUUGAUCAAAUAGUCGUGAAUAAGGGGAGCCUGCUAGAAGACGUGGUUCCACCUAUUAAUCCCCCCAAAGAAAUUGAAGACCCCAUGGACAAGAAACCUCACGACUGGGACGACAGAGCCAAAAUCCCCGACCCCAAGGCCGUCAAGCCAGAUGACUGGGAUGAAAGUGAACCUGCCCAAAUAGAAGACACAAGUGUGACUAAACCGGAGGGCUGGCUUGACGACGAGCCGGAGAACAUUCCAGACCCGAAGGCGGAGAAGCCUGACGACUGGAACGAGGACAUGGACGGCCUGUGGGAGGCGCCUCUCAUCGCCAACCCGGCGUGUCACAUUGGGUGUGGUGAGUGGAAACCGCCCAUGAUAGACAACCCAGAGUACAAAGGAAUCUGGACGCCUCCCCUGGUGGACAACCCGAGCUACCAGGGAGUGUGGAGCCCUCGGAAGAUCCCCAACCCAGACUAUUUCGAAGACGACCAUCCGUUUCUUCUCACUGCUUUCCGGGCCCUUGGUUUAGAGCUGUGGUCGAUGACCUCCGAUAUCUACUUUGAUAACUUUAUUAUCUGUUCCGAAAGAGAAGUGGCAGAUCGUUGGGCCAUGGAUGGCUGGGGAGUGAAGAGGAGGAUCGCUCAUGCAAAUGAGCCCGGCGUGCUGAAGCAGUUGGUGGCCGCUGCCGAGGACCGCCCGUGGCUGUGGCUCAUUUACUUGGUGACAACGGGACUUCCUGUCGUCCUCAUCACUCUGUUCUGCUGGCCCAGAAAGGUCAAGAAAAAAUACGAAGAGGUCGAGUAUAAGAAAGUGGACACCUGCAGGCCACAGACCAAGGGCGCCCUGGAGCAGGAGGUGACGGAGGUGGGAGAGGAGAAGGCCGACCUGGAGAAGCCGGAGGACUUGGAAGAGGACAGAAAGCCAAGGGAUGGAGAAGCUGUUGAACAAGAAGAGGAAGGUGAACCUGAGGAAAAGAGUGAAGAGGAAAUUGAAAUCAUAGAGGGACAAGAAGAAGGCAAUAAGUCAAACAAGUCUGGAUCAGAGGAUGAGAUGAAAGAAGCCGAUGAGAGCACAGGAUCUGGAGACGGGCCGGUGAAGACGGUUCGGAAGAGAAGGGUGCGGAAGGAGUAAGCGACGGCGAGUAUUCCCACUCGGGGAGCGCAGCGGGCCAGCCCCACAAAGCCCGGGCGGCCGAACCUGACUCCCCACCCCACCCAGCGUGUUUCUAACUCAGAGCAACUCAACUCAGACAUUUAUUUUAGGAAAAGAAAACCUCUGAAGUUCCCAGGUACUUUGCUUUUAGAAUAAAAGAGACGCGUUACCAAUCAGAUUUCAAUGACUGCUGUCAUUAGGAGUUCCCCAG